AGUUAAAAACUUAUAGUACAUUGCCACGUGUCGAAUCCAGUUAAUGGGGUUAAUUUUUAUAUAGGCUAGCGGCCUCAUCCAUCGAGCCCGAUGGGCCUCCAAAUUGAAAUGGAAGAUGAUGAUGACGACUACUCUGCGGCCGCGACUACCCAUCUCUUCGACCGCCCGAUCCCGCUGCUCCGGGGACCAGUACCCGCCGGUGGUUCUCAUGUUCUAGCUUUCCGAUCCCUGGAUUCAUGGUCAGCCGCUUUCAAGCGCUGCGAAACCCUAAUCAAGGAGCAGUGCGAGGAAGGUGCUAGGAUUGGGUGCGCCGUCUCCGCCUCCAAGAACUGUAAGCCGCCGUGGUGGCGGGGCUCUGGUGACAUGAGGGAGCGAGACAAGUGCGAAGAGCGGGAAUUUAAGGCAUGUGUGGCUGCCGCCAUGGGCAAGUGUGCGGGCUUCGCCAGAGACAAGUGUUCUGGAGCGUUUUUAGAGGCGCGAGUCGCCAGUGAGGUUGAGGGAUUGGUGUGGCUAGCGUCAAUGCCGGAGGAAAGCACGUGGCGUCAUCUCAUGGGGCUGGGUUCGCUGGCUCAGACCAAGUGCCGCAGAGCCAGGGAUCUUCUAAACCAUUAUAAGUCAAACCAAACUCUUAAUAAGUUGCAGGCUGAUGAUGAUUAGUUAUGGUGUAUUCUGUGAUGAUGUUUCCCUUUUUCUUAUUUCUGGUUAAGUUUGUUCAGAUUUCAUUUAGAUGAUAGGCCGUCUCAAACAGACUCUUGAGAUUUUGUUAAGCUUGGUACUACUCUGAAUGACUCUUGUUUCUUAUAUCCCUAUACAUAACUGCGUGAUCAAUUUCAAAUGUAUGUCACUAAGCUACCAAAGCCUCUUGUAUUGUGUGUUACCCCUAUGUAUACGUUAUGUUUCGUCUACAACCUCUAGCCUUGCCAACUGCAAACUUUGAUGAUAUUAUUGAGGAGUUUCUUAGUGUUUGCUUUGCCAAGAUUCCUUGUUGAUAUAUUGUCUUGAUGUUGAAUCUGCAGAGCUCUUUCUUUGGUGGUCUGUGGUCACGUCUAGUUUUAGUGGAGGUCAACUCAUUUUGUGUUUUUACAAAGUCAACUACUGCUGCUGCUUUUUUAAGUCUUGCUGUGUGUCGUCACAUGAAAAAGAAAGAGAUGAGGCUCGCAUUUCUUGACAACGAAAAUGGAAACUGCUACGAAGUUUCGGGGAUGGAACUGAUGAUAAGCCUUCUUCUCUGUCCUAGACGAUUCUCACACGCUACUCUCUAUUAAUAUAUUCAACCAACCUCUUCUUUGUUUUCUUUCUGUAAAAAUGGUUUUGUGGAAAAGUAGGAGUGACAAACUCGGUUUUGUUUCAUUCAUGAAUCAAGUGCACAUUUGAGUA